AUGGGAGAUCGAAUUUAUCCAGAAGAUGUUGAAGGUAGCGAUUCCUAUGCUUAUGAAUCGGACGAAGAUUUGGUUUUGACUAAACAUAGCUCGAAUUCUUCAGAUACUGAAGAUGCUAGUGAAACUGAUCAAGCAAAAAUGGAAGAAGAUUUCGCUGAAUUAAAGGAAAUCAUGUACAAAGAAAAAUUAAAGAGCCUUAAAGAAGAGCUACAGCAGAUUCGUGAUGGUGUCCAUCCGGAAUAUUUGAAAAGAUUGAGAGAAUUAGAACGAAUGAGAGAUGAAAGAACGUUUUUCGCGAUCUUUACAGCAUUCCUGGUGGAAAUUGAUGCAAAUGUUGCCAUGAUUGAAAAAGAACAUCAACAGGAACGAGAGCAUUCGUUAGCAGAUCAUGAGAACCUGAUUAAAGAAUUAAAAGAUUCAAUCCUUAGUGACUUACAGGAUAAGAAACGAACUGUAGAUGCUGAACGCCAAGUUAUGGAGAUAACUGGAAAUUCAGGCAUGUUGAAUAAAACAUACGUCAUUUAUUGCCUGCUAACGUCGAUUUCAGAACAGGAAAUUCUUGAUGAUUUAAAGCUAUUACAAAAGUCCAAACCAAUAAAUAGUAAAGCAGAAGCGCGAAUAGAAGAUGGUAAAUUAUUUUAUGAGAAAAGAUGGUAUCAUCGCGGUCAACAUGUAUAUAUUGAAGGAAAAGAUACCGCGCGUAUUAGUGGUAUAUUGAGUUCCAUCGGUCAUAAUGAGCUUAUUAACAAGCUCACCAUUAUACCUAUAUUUUACACAUACGAGUCUGUAUAA